AUGUCAACAUACAUAUGGGAUAUUAGUUACAUUGCAUCUCUUCCAGAGUGCUUUAAGGCAAUUUUUAAUGUAAUUGUAGAACUUGUUGAUGAAAUAAUAGAGUUAAGUGCUGGGAGUGGGGAAUCAGACUUGGUGUUGCAAUGUCUCAAACAAGCUCUGUCUCAUUAUGUACAAGGUUACAUUGACGAAGCAAGAUGGUGCCAUGAGGGAUAUAUUCCAACAUAUGAUGAGCGUAAGGUUAUUGGUGCUGCUACUACACCAUAUCAAAUGCUUACAAUAAUGUUUAUUGCUUUGGGAGAAUUUGCAACCAAAGAAACUCUUCAUUGGAUUUCUAAUAAUAUUCCACUUAUUUUUGAGCAGCAAAGAGAACAUGGUGCUUCGGCCGUAGAAUGUUACAUGAAGCAAUAUGGCUUUUCACAAGAGGAGGCCUAUGAAUUCAUAAAAAAGAUAUCAAUAAUUGUUGGAAGGAUAUGA